UAUCCUAAAGUGAUUCAUCAAAAAGUAGUGUGACAUGCAAUUGAAACUCCUGUUUCUCUUAGUAUGACUAGUAUCUCCUAAGUCACAUAUAUUGGUGUGUCAGAUUGAGGCAUCCACAAAGGGAAUACAAAUGACCAGGAAAAUGAUCAUAUUUUUCUGCCUCUUUGUGCUCUAUAUUUUAAAAUGUAGGUAUUGGUACUUUUAGGAGUUGCUUCACAAUCUCUGUCUUCCUCUCUUGCUCCUUCCAACACUGAAAAACCAUACAGAAAGCAGCUGUGGGUGGCAUACUCUGGGCUAAGUCCUGGGGUUACAGGCAGCAAAGACACACCUAUGAAUUAGCAUUGAUCUGCAAACCACAGAGGGUACCAUGGAAUUGUCAUGACUCAGUAGCCCCUCACCUCCUUCAACCCUUGACUGACUAUACCGUCUACAAUGUGCUGAGAAUACAGUGGUGAACAAUACCAAAAGGGUACUUUCAUUCAGGAAACUUCCAGUCUAACAAGUCAAACUCCCCAUCGCUUGGAAGGGAGAGUAAAAUAUAUAUAUAUAUAUAUUCAGAAGAAAAAAGCACAUGCAUGCAUUAGGCAGGGUGCAAGGCUGGGAGAAAAGGAGGAGUUGAGGAGCGCAGCUGGGAUCUGGGAUCUGCCUUGAGGAAGUGCGCGAAUAGUGGUCCCCUCUCCUCACAGAACAGUGGAGAGGCGCCGAGACCAUCCCUACCUGGUGCCAUCAAAGAGAGAGGACUGUUAUGACCUCCUGCGAGUCCUGACAGGGAAAGGCCCUCUUUUGGGGGCAACUGUGGGGACGGCGCAAUGCCAACGUGAGCCACCAUUUGAAAUGAGAAAAAGCGGCGUGGCAGAAAGAAAUGAGUCUGGUACAGACCAGUGGUUGGUUUCCUAGGGUUAGAGGUCUAGGUCUACCUUCUGUUAGAAGAGGGGCAGUGGUGAGGCCUUGAUGGGAGCCCCCUGCCCCAGAAUUCACUUAAGAGCAGGUGUACCUUCCUCCCCUGCGUGGCUCCAUGAAGCUGGGAAAGAAACGCACAAGAGGACCACCCUAGAGGCCCAAGCUUGUUUGGCCUGAAAUCGCCUCACCCCUCCCAGACUGCAGUGCUGACACCCCCUCUCCCAUUAACUUCCAGGAAGGGGAGUGAGAGGGCUGGGGAGAGGGAGGGGGCAGACACCCAGCAGUCCCUGGUUGGGGAGUUGGGGCGGGGGUGCAGACACACCAAGGGGCGGUUUGGUAUCCAUCCGCUGCUCCCUCCAGCGCGGCUCUUCCUAACCUCCUGAUCCUGUCCCCUGCCCGGGUCCCCAGCCGCCCGCCCGUCCCUAUAUUAUAGCAACGCCAGAAAUGUGGUGGUGGUGGUCGCCAAGUUAGGGUCCGCGGGGUCCUCCUGAGGCAGCCUGGUGCCAACCCGCAGGCCCAGGCUGGGGCUUGUCAUGGCCCCGCCCACCUCUGGGUCGGAACUAAGGUGGGCCUGAGAGGGGGCGUCGAGCACUUUCGCGCCGUAUCCCUCCGCCCCCCUUCCCGACACCCUCGCGGAGAGAGCGGUUCUUGCAGCAUCCUGCGCAGCCCCUGCCUAGUUUGGUGCAGAGGCGUGGGGGGCGGGACGCGUCUUUGCCAUUCGGAUAGCGGGGAAAGCGGUGAGAAUCCAACUGAGGAGCCGCCAGAGGAGAGCUGAGGAGAGGAGGGGGAGGUCGACGACCUGGGCCCUGGGCCUCUGAAGGUCUGUUUCUUUCUAGGUUCCUGUAGAGAUCUGUAUGUAGCUGUUCACUUGGAAGUUAAUUAAGAAAGAACAAAAACUAUUCAUUUGGAUUCAAGGUCCAUCUCCACUGGUGGCUGUGGUGGCUUUGGAUUGUUGGAAGACCAUCACCUUCAGCAGGUCUGCACUUGGGAACAAUCAUUCUCCCCCAGCCCGAGCGUGCCUCUGCCCUCUGUAUCAUUGACAGAGGCUGUAUGUUUGGAAAGAGAACUUUGUGACUGCAGAACUGACAGUUGACUCUAAUUCUUGCUACCAAGUUUUUCCCCGACCCAGUGAAAGAGUGUUAAGACUUCGACCUAGGACACAUUGAGAACCAAGGCCAAGACUGGACAGGGCCAUAUAACUGGGCUUCAACCAUGGCUGGGACUAAGAAUAAGACAAGAGCCCAGGCCAAAACUGAAAAAAAGGCUGCUAUACAAGCUAAAGCUGGAGCAGAGAGGGAGGCUACUGUUGUUGUUAGGCCUGUAGCCAAGACCAGGGGCAAAGCAAAAGCCAAGACAGGGUCUAAGACAGAUGCAGUAGCAGAGAUGAAGGCAGUGUCUAAGAACAAGGUUGUUGCUGAGACGAAGGAAGGAGCUCUGUCAGAGCCUAAGACUCUGGGCAAAGCCAUGGGAGAUUUCAGUCCCAAGGCUGGGAAUGAGUCCACCAGCUCCACAUGUAAAAAUGAGGCUGGUACUGAUGCCUGGUUCUGGGCUGGGGAAGAGGCCACUAUCAAUUCCUGGUUCUGGAAUGGAGAAGAGGCUGGUAAUAGUUUCAGCACUAAGAAUGAUAAACCUGAAAUUGGUGCCCAGGUCUGUGCUGAGGAGUUGGAGCCUGCGGCUGGGGCCGAUUGCAAACCUAGGUCAGGGGCUGAGGAGGAGGAGGAAGAGAAUGUUAUUGGGAACUGGUUUUGGGAAGGAGAUGAUACUAGUUUUGACCCUAAUCCUAAACCUGUGAGCAGGAUAGUUAAGCCUCAGCCUGUGUAUGAAAUUAAUGAAAAAAAUAGGCCCAAGGACUGGUCUGAGGUAACUAUCUGGCCCAAUGCCCCUGCUGUAACUCCAGCCGUGUUAGGAUUUAGAUCCCAGGCACCAUCUGAGGCAAGCCCUCCUUCAUAUAUUGUUCUGGCCUCCGCUGAAGAAAAUGCCUGUUCUUUGCCUGUGGCAACAGCUUGCCGCCCUUCUAGGAACACUCGCUCAUGCUCACAGCCUAUCCCUGAGUGUCGUUUUGAUUCUGACCCCUGCAUCCAGACCAUAGAUGAGAUUAGACGUCAAAUCAGGAUCAGGGAGGUAAAUGGGAUUAAGCCAUUUGCUUGUCCUUGCAAAAUGGAAUGCUAUAUGGAUUCUGAGGAAUUUGAAAAACUUGUUAGCUUACUUAAGUCAACUACUGAUCCUCUUAUUCAUAAAAUAGCACGGAUUGCAAUGGGUGUCCAUAAUGUUCACCCAUUUGCCCAAGAGUUUAUUAACGAAGUAGGUGUAGUGACACUUAUUGAAAGCUUGCUCAGUUUUCCUUCCCCUGAAAUGAGAAAAAAGACUGUAAUUACUCUGAAUCCUCCUUCUGGGGAUGAAAGACAACGCAAAAUUGAAUUACAUGUUAAGCAUAUGUGUAAAGAAACCAUGUCAUUUCCUUUGAACUCACCGGGACAGCAAUCUGGAUUAAAGAUACUAGGACAACUGACUACUGAUUUUGUCCAUCACUACAUUGUUGCCAAUUACUUUUCAGAGCUUUUCCAUUUGCUGUCCUCAGGAAAUUGCAAAACCAGAAAUCUUGUUUUGAAACUACUUUUAAAUAUGUCUGAAAAUCCAACUGCAGCCAGAGACAUGAUCAAUAUGAAGGCAUUGGCAGCAUUAAAACUCAUCUUUAACCAGAAAGAGGCAAAAGCCAAUCUUGUUAGUGGUGUGGCCAUAUUUAUUAACAUAAAGGAGCAUAUCAGAAAAGGCUCAAUUGUAGUUGUUGAUCACUUGAGUUAUAAUACACUCAUGGCCAUUUUCAGGGAAGUUAAAGAGAUUAUUGAAACAAUGUAAAAUGAGCCAGAGAUAGAACAUUUUAAGCCAUCUUCAAACUCUAGCAGGCUGUACAUUACAGUGUACACAUUAUACACUGCAUCUUUAACACAAAGUCACCUGUGACAGGCUCUAGGUUUGAGCUAGACUAUUUUGGGGGUAUCAAAUGAAUAUUAUACCUUGGGCUGAAAAUGUUUGAUUUUUAUCUGGUCUAGAUUGGUAUAUUUUUAACAUUUUACUUAAGAUAGCAAACCAGUUCGUUUUAAGUAAGCUAACUUGUUCAUUAGUAUCUGCUUAGAUACAUCUGUGGCUUAAAAUGGCAAAAAAGAAAAUAUCCUUGAGUUUGUAAUCUAGUUACAGAAGUAAGGCAUACACACACACAAAGAUAACAGUACCUAGAGAGAGAGUGUGUGUGAGUGUGCGUGUCUCUGUGUGUGCACGUGCAUGCUCAUGGCCAAAUGUGCGCACUCUACAUAAAGGAGGCAGGAGUUCCUAUAGGCUAUUUAAUGUAAGAGAAACUACUAUUUUUCUCCUGUUCCAGCUGUAUCAGAUACUUGUUCCGCAACACAGAAAUGACUCAGAAUCUCAGACAAAAUGUAUUAUUUGUUCAAUUUUAAUUUUGCUACUACAUUCAUAACUCUUAAAUUGUUAGGCUGUUUCGUUUACAUCAAAGUUAUCUCACAAAAGAGAAGGCAGGAAACGUUUUGUGAGUGCCUAUUCUAUGUCAAACACUGUGUUGGCACCAUAUUUUACAAGUUUUUUUCGUCUUCUCACAGUGAUCUUGUGAGUUAGUUACUUAUAUUUUUAUUAGAACUCAUUAUUCUGGGUACCCUCCAAUGAGAAUUAGAGAGGUUAAAUACCUUUUCCUAGAUUCCCACAGCAGGAAGGUGGCAUAGCUGUUUUGUCUGACACCAGAACCCAUCUCACCACACUGCUUUACAGUCUUCCUGAAGGACAUUUUGAGGUGGGGGGGGCCUUCAAAGCUCAAGAGACUGGUUUGAAUGGUUUAAUUUUGCAAUGGAUCAUGUCCAUGCCAGGUGUUACAAUUCUUAACUUCCUCCAAAUUCAUGUGUCCAUUAGACAUUUGGCUACAUCUGGCUGGAGGUCAGGAGAAAAUUCUGAGGUAAAUAGAUGGAUUUUAUCUGGCAGUGUCGAAAAUAGUAGGAGCCCAAAACUUUGUUCAAUGAGUAGGAUGUAGAUUUGGAGUCAUCAGCAGGGGAAACUUGUUAGAUGUCCUUUGUAUCUUUUUCUAUCCAUUUGUGUUUUUUCUUUCCCAAAGAGCUGAAAUCAUUUUAUACCCUGAAUUUAAAAGGUAAUUGCUUUUUUCCUGCUUGCGAAAUCAUACCUUAAUUUUUUUUUUUUUUUUUACAAUUUAUGAUUUAUUCUCCUGUGUGUCAUAUGGAAGGCCAAGGGGCUUUAUCUUUUACUAGUAGGCAAGCCUGGGCAUUUCUGCAUUUGUGCCAGCUAACACACAAAAUAGACUUAAUUAGAGAAAUUUAGACCCAGAAUUGCAGCUUCAACAACACAAAACAGGAAAGCUAGAAGAGGUUGCUGUGUCAACCUACAAGAUAGUGAUUCUUGGGAGUUGGUAUGGACCAGAAAGCAUUCCCAGGACAUUUAGGCUAUGGCUGAGUUCUCUAAGACUCAGGGUGGGAAUUAUAAUCCCUGGUCUAAGCUGAUAUGAAAGUUUCUAUCUGUGAAAAUACGGAGUUACAUGCUUUGAGAUUUUCUGCCAGUUAAGAAACUAAAACAAGAUCAUACUGUAAAUGUUUGUAACUUGCUUCCCCCCACUUGUAUACUGUAAACAUCUUUGCAUGUCAAUAAAUAUGCCUCUACAACAUA